UAAACCCUUCGAAACAGCAACUUCAACAAAGAAGGAAGACCCCAUCAGAACUUGCUCCCUUUUUUUUUUUUUUGUUUUUUUAACAUCACGAAGUAAGGAAAUCUUGAACUUUCCAUAAGGUUUCAAGAUUCAAUCUUGUUUUACCAACGGUGUUCUUAUAUUUUUGAUAUAAUGCUCUAAGAGGUGUACUUGAAGAAAAUAUGAUGGUGUUCAUUGAGUUUUGUUAGAGUGAUUGAUUUCAUUUAUCUUCAAUGGCAAGGAAGAAGAGCUGGUUUGGUUGGGUGAGGAGGCUAUUUGUCUCUGAGCAAAAACCAAAAGCAGAAAAGAAAUCAAAGAGGUGGAAAUGGGUUCUUGGAGGCCUCAAUGUCAAACAAUGGCUUGCACUUCCAGCUCCACAGAGAACAGUCAGUGAAGCAUCAGAAACACAAAAAAAGUAUGCUUUGACUGUUGCCCUUGCAACAGCAGCUGCGGCUGAUGCUGCUGUUGCCGCUGCUCAUGCUGCAGCUGAGGUUGUCCGGCUCACAGGUGCCUCACAUCCUUCCCGUCAUUUCACCAAAGGAGUGGAAACUUUGGCUGCCAUUAAAAUACAAAGCGCUUUCCGUGCAUAUCUUGCAAGAAAAGCCUUACGAGCACUGAAGGGAUUGGUGAAGCUUCAAGCCAUUGUUCGUGGACAAGUUGUUAGACGCCAAGCACUCAUCAAAAUGAAACAUUUGCCAUCAAAUGCAAAAAUGCGGUCAGAAGUCCAGGCAAAAGGCAUUACUGCAGAUGGAUUUUGUAAAAGCAGUGAAAAUAAACAUGCUGUCAAGUCAAAGAAGGAGGUGCAAGAGAAGGAAACUAAGGUAGGAGAGAUGAUCUUGCAGCUCCUCAAGUCAAAGGAGGUGGUUGAGAAAGAACACAAGGGGAAGAACGAUAAAAGAGAAAUUCAAACAGAUCAUAUGCUUGUAUUGAACAACCAAAAGAGUUGGAAUUUUAGCUGGCGUUCGAAGGAAGACGUGGAAGCUCUGUUGUUAAAAAAGCAAGAGGCUAACAUCAAAAGAGAGCGAAUGAUGAAAUACUCAUUUUCUAACCGGGAGAGAGGAAAUGGUCUAUUGGAAGAACCGCAACUCGCCGAGGAAAGUGGUAGACAGAGUCACCAGAUAAAUCAGUGGCCGAACAAAGAGACCUAUAAUAGAGAAAGGAUGGAGAAUUUGAAAUCAGCUCCCAUCUCUAAUUUUUUUACUGGUGAUAUAUUCAGCCCAGCACAAGUUAAGACCAGAAGUACCCGAAAACAAGAUUUUAUAGAAGGGUUGAAUACACCUGUGUCCUUCCCCAGAAGAUCAUUUGGCAGCAUGCGACCAAAUUUGGCUGGAGAUGGUAAUUCCUUGCCAAACUCUCCAGUUUUUCCUACUUAUAUGGCUCCAACGCAAUCUGCAAAGUUAAAGGCAAGGUCGAUGAGCACACCAAAGCAACGAGAAGGAUUUCAAGAUUCUUGCUUUGAGUAGAACUUGCCAUGCAAGAAUGGACUCCAUCUUUGGUCUACAUAUAAUGGUGAAUCGUUUGGAAUUAGAAGAAAAACUUGCAGCGUCUCAACGCUGUGCUGGAAGACUUCAUUUUAAUCUUUGGAGUCCAUAACUAAUUACUUUAUUCCUUUUCUUUUCUGGUUUACCACCUUUUUUUAUUUUUCCUUUUUGGGUGGAGAUGAAGUGUGUGUUGGUGCUCAUUUGACACCAAGUUUUCAUGAGAAAUACUCGGUGAAUCCUCAAUGUAAAGUUUUACGUGUGUUAAAAAAGAAAGAAGAAGCAGCUUGUAAUGAAACUCUUUCAGUACAUAUCUGAUCAUUCGCCAAACCAGCCAAAACUUGCUAGCGCCCUGUUUCUCUACGUACAUUAGAGUUGGACACGAAUUAUCUUUCAGCCUGCAAGAACACAGCUUCAUGACCAUGGAUGAUAUAUCAGUAGCUAUGAACAAUUUGUCUUAAAUAUUUCCACGGUUUUUUGUUCA